GGUUUUAAUGGAUAAAUUGAAUAUAUUUGAAUAUUCAAAUACAUUUAGUCCUAUAUGUGUGAGCUGUAGAAGGCGUGGAAGUGGUUUGUUGGUGUUUUAGAGCAGAUAUCGGUGUGAACCUGACAGAUCCCAUGUUCAGAGGAGUCUACAGAGGGAAGCAGAAACAUGAUGAUGAUUUUGACCAGAUCAUUGACAGAGCUCUUAAAGCUGGAGUUGAAAAGUUUAUGAUCACAGGAGGAAACCUUGAAGAUAGCAAGGAAGCCGUCAAACUAUCUGAGACCAGAGAGGGAUUUUACUGCACCGUCGGCUGCCACCCAACCCGCUGCAGUGAGUUUGAGCAGAAGGGAGAAUCGGAGUACCUCUCAGGGCUGAAGGAGCUGGCGUUAGCUCACAGAGGAAAGGUGGUGGCUAUUGGAGAGUGUGGACUUGAUUUUGACAGAUUGGAGUUUUGCCCCAAAGAGACUCAGCUGAAAUACUUUGAGAAGCAGUUUGAUCUGGCUGAGGAAACCAAGCUGCCCAUGUUCCUGCACUGCAGAAACUCCCAUCAGGAAUUCAUCGACAUCAUGAAGAGAAAUCGAGACCGAUGUGUUGGAGGAGUGGUCCACUCAUUCGAUGGGACGGUAGAAGAUGCUGCUGCACUCACUGACCUGGAUCUGUACAUUGGCAUUAAUGGAUGCUCCUUGAAGACAACAGCCAAUGUUGAAGCCAUGAAGUCAAUCCCCACAGAGAGACUCUUGAUAGAAACUGAUGCCCCAUGGUGUGGUGUGAAGAACACUCAUGUGGGCUCCAAAUAUGUUAAAACCACAUUUCCAACAAAGAAGAAAUGGGAGGCAGGGCAUUGUUUGAAGGAUAGAAAUGAGCCCUGUCACAUCGUACAAGUUCUUGAGGUGAUGGCAGGUACAAGAGAUGAAGACCCACUUGAGCUGGCCAACACUAUCUACAACAACACCAUCAAAGUUUUCUUUAGCUCCAGCUGAAAACAGUUGAUAUUGUUAUGGCAUUAUAUUGUCUAAUGAAUGCUUGUUUGUUUGCACGUGCCUAAAGAAAAGGUUUAUAGAUUCAGUAUGGUCAUUUGCAAAUAUAAAGUAUCUUCCAAUGUA